CGUUUCUAAAAUACCAGGAAGACAGGUGGAUUGGCCCGGGGUGGGAGCGCCCCCUGAGAGCGCUAGGCGCUUGUAAGGCAAAGUAGGCGGUAGGUGGCGCGGGAAAGCGAGGAGUGAACGCGCGUCCCGCCUUAGUGGGCCCCAGGGGCCCCCACCUCGACGAGCCCUCCACUUCCACUUCUGUCCGCGUCUGCGUCUCCACCCGGACACUCACUCCUCACUUGCUUGGGGUGCAAGGCGGCCGGCGCCACCCAUCUGCGCGCUGCGUGGGAAGGGAAGGACGACAGCACUCCCGGACCUCCUGCCCCGGGUCCGGAAGCGCGGAAGACCAAGUCAACGGUCCAGCCGGUGUCCCGCGUCCCGGCCGUCAAGAUGGGGGAGUCAACCGAAGACAUCGACCAAAUGUUCAGCAAUCUGCUGGGAGAAAUGGACCUUCUGACCCAGAGUUUAGGAGUGGACACUCUCCCUCCUCCUGAUCCUAAGCCAGCCAGAACGGAAUUCAACUACAGUGUGGGUUUCAAAGAUCUCAAUGAGUCCUUAAAUGCACUAGAAGACCAAGAUCUAGAUGCCCUCAUGGCCGACCUGGUAGCCGACAUCCAAGAAGCCGAGCAGAAAACAAUCCAAGCACAAAAACAGUCCUCACAAGGUCCCCAUCCUUCACCCUCCUCAGCGGCGCCGAGCUUCGGGGGCGCUGCCUCUCAUGGUCAUGGAGCAGUUGUCACCAUGACCGCCGCCAGCCGCAGUGACUAUGAGGAUGAUCUACCUCCGCCCCCAGCUGAUCCUGUGUUAGACCUACCACUGCCGCCACCCCCUCCAGAACCCCUCUCUCCAGAAGAGGAAGAAGCCCGGGCCAAAGCAGAUAAAAUUAAGCUGGCCCUGGAAAAACUGAAGGAAGCCAAAGUUAAGAAGCUCGUGGUCAAAGUGCACAUGAAUGAUAACAGCACCAAGUCGCUGAUGGUGGAUGAACGGCAGCUGGCCCGGGAUGUCCUGGACAACCUUUUUGAGAAAACUCACUGUGACUGUGGUGUGGACUGGUGUCUGUAUGAGACAUACCCGGAGCUACAGAUCGAGAGGUUUUUUGAAGACCACGAAAAUGUUGUUGAAGUCCUAUCCGACUGGACAAGAGACACCGAAAACAAAGUACUGUUUUUGGAGAAAGAGGAAAAAUACGCUGUGUUUAAGAACCCCCAGAAUUUCUACCUGAAUAACAGAGGGAAAAAAGAAAGCAAGGAGAGCCAGGAGAAAAUGAAUGCCAAGAACAAGGAGUCCUUGUUGGAGGAAAGCUUCUGCGGAACGUCUGUGAUUGUUCCGGAGCUCGAAGGAGCUCUGUAUCUGAAGGAAGACGGGAAGAAGUCCUGGAAACGGCGCUAUUUUCUCCUGCGGGCUUCUGGGAUUUACUACGUGCCCAAAGGGAAGACUAAGACGUCUCGUGAUCUCGCCUGCUUCAUACAGUUUGAGAAUGUCAACAUUUACUACGGGACUCAGUGCAGAGCCAGGUACAAAGCACCCACCGACUAUUGCUUUGUUUUAAAGCAUCCCCAGAUCCAGAAGGAGUCUCAGUACAUCAAGUACCUCUGCUGUGAUGAUGCACGAAUUCUCAACCAGUGGGUCAUGGGCAUCAGGAUUGCCAAGUACGGCAAGACACUCUACGACAACUAUCAGCGGGCAGUGGCAAGGGCUGGGCUUGCCUCCCGGUGGACAUCCAUGGGGACCAUCCCUGCAGCGACAGCCACCCAGCCUCCCACAGGACCUAAAGCAGGUGCCUCCCAGCCCAACGGUCAGAUCCCCCAGGCAGCACACUGCAUCAGUACCAUUCUCGAGGAAGCCCAGCAUCAUGCUGAAGCAAGCAAGGACAGGAAGCCAGCCGUGGGGAUCCAGAACCCCGGCACGCCCAGGGUGGCCCCCAAAUCGCACCUGCCACCGCCGCCUCCGCCCGUGCGGCGCUCCUCAGAGCCGGCCAGCGGUCACAGCGGCGGCAGUCCAGCCAUGGUGCCCAAGGCUGCUGCGCCGGGCCACGACGACGGCUACGAAGACGACAGCUGCAACGACCACGGCCACGCCAGCGACGGCGGAGACUACAACGAGGACUUCCUGCCGCCACCAUCGCCAAUCCCGUUUUUGGAUGAGUUGCCAGACUUCCUGCCGCCGCCCCCACCUCCACCGCCGCCAGACGUGGGCGAUGCGCCCCCAGACUUCGUGCCGCCGCCACCGCCGCCACCGCCAGUCAACAACGUGGGUUCCGCGCUGCCUCCACCUCCUCCGCCACCACCGACCACCGCGAAGACGGCCGGACCGCCCCCCAUAAGCACCAAGAAGCCCCCAGCGCCCCCAAAGAGGGCAGAGCAGCCGAGGGCCGGAGGCGGAGAGCAGGAGUUUAUGGCCGACCUGAUGAAAGCCCUGCAGAAAAAGAGGGGCCACGUGUCCUAGGCGUUGGGGCCGGCUGGGUGGGCUCUGUGUCCAUGCCGAACCCCCAGUGUGGACUGCUGGUAGCCCCGACGGGACGGAGGUGACACUGUUGUCCCCAAAUACAGCUGUCCUCCCCCAUUGUGUCCCCAGUGUGCAUAGCCCUCUGUCCCGUUUAGAUUCCUCCCUGCCCUCAAAGCCAUGUAUCUUCCCUCCCUGGGCUACUCCAGCGACAUUGUAAGUUCUUCUAUGAUUGUAUUCAGAGGCCUAGCAUUGGAAUAAUAAAAAAUUUUUUUUCCUGAA